CGCAAAAAUUCAUUGUUACCAUGUAAAAUAUCCGUAUAAGAUUGAAGCAAAGGUUUAAAACUUAAUUUUCCUUUUCUAAUUUAGGGCAAGCAAAAAAUCAACUAUAUGUAUGCCCUCCCCGUCGCACAACACAUAAUAGAAAAUCAUCGAAUAGGUAGCAAACCAAUAAAAAUGGCGAUCGCAACUUCAUCUUCUUCAUUGUUGAAGGCUCUUCUUGAUCCUAAGAAGAAUUUCUUAGCUGCUAUGCACAAGAGCUCCAUGGACAAACGUCUUCGCAAAUACGGUCUUAGAUUUGAUGAUUUGUAUGAUCCAAUGGAAGAUCUGGAUAUCAAAGAGGCUUUAAAUCGUCUUCCCCGUGAAAUUGUUGAUGCUCGUAAUCAACGUCUAAAACGUGCUAUUGACCUUUCUAUGAAGCACGAGUAUCUACCUGAUGAUCUCCAGGCAAUGCAAACACCCUUCAGGAGCUAUAUUCAAGACAUGUUGGCUCUUGUGAAGCGUGAGAGAGAAGAACGUGAAGCUUUGGGAGCUUUGCCAUUAUACCAACGCUCAAUUCCUUAAGCACUCAUCACUGCCUUGUUGUAACUGUGACCGAUUUAUGAACUACGUUUCAUAUGAGGUUUUUGAGGGCAAUCUACCCCUUACAGAGGGCAGUUGUAGUUGUCAGAUAGAAUUUUGCUGAUUUCUCUCUGCUCAGUUCAUCUUUUCUACCAAGAACUUGCUCAUUUAUCAUCGCCUUUGGAUUAAGUGAUACUUUAAUUGCUAAAUAAUGACAACUCAAAUGAAGUUUCAAAACAUUCAUGAUAUAAUGUUGCUUGUGAUUUUAAAAUAGUUUUUCAAAUGACAUUGGAUAUUUUACAA